CUCGCGAAUCUGAUUUGGAUCCUGAUUUAGUCUCUCUGUGCUGCUGAAGACAUUUUUGCAGCUCUAACACAAGCGAAAUGACGAUGGCUUACAGGUACAAGUUGCCGUUGCUGAUGCUCCUGGCUGCCGCCCUUGUCAUCCGGCACUCUGCAAUCGCUCAGGUUACCUUCUCUCGAGAUUGGACUGCCGGUAAAAGGUCUUUGAGCCCUGGAAUGGGCACCGAAUGUUCUCCAAAUUUGAAAUCAACUAUUGCACUGUGCCAGAUACUUAUUAGCGAGUUGCGGCAAUUAGCUUCAUGUGAAAUGCGGAAUCACCUGGUUUUGAAUGGGCAGGCUGCUCAGGAAGAAGCACCAAUGGACCCUGCUAACCCAUUCUCGUCUAGUUCGCGCUCCGGAAGAUAAAAAAAAUCACUCUCUAUGAAAAAAUAAAAUCCUAUAUAGUAAACUGCAAAUAAAUGAAAUAUAGUUA